GGGAAAACGACUGCGGAGUCAACGAGAGUCGAUAUUUUCUAUUUUCUCGAUACUUGUGUUCUUUGCGCGAAGUCGUCGUAACUCGUAAGCUCAUUGGCUUAUCGUGCUCUUAUCGGUUUCUUAUUUUCUGAAAGUUUGAUGACAAAUUUGUCUGAUGUAUUAGUAAUACUCCAUACACUAAAUACGCAUAAUAAGUGUUAUACCAAGUACCACCAGAUUACUUAGUAAAAUCAUCUAUUUAGUAUCACAAUAUGUUAUUGUUUCAUUACUCACAAAUUACAUAAUCGUAAGGCAGUGCGGUGGGAAAGUGUAUCGUAGUGUUUUCCGUGAAAAAUCUGUAGAUAACUGUCAUAAUAUUCAUUUGAUUUUUUUUAUUAUUUUGUAUUUCUCGUGAUGUAUUAGUAGUGAUGUACUACUGAAGUUGAUCGAGCUCGUAGAUAACACAUUUCUACUGAAAUUUAGUCCACACGUGUCCUGAAUUCGACGUGGAAUUGAUUUGUGAUGGUGAUCAAUGUAACAGGUUCCAAAGCGUAUUUUCCAUAACUUCAGAAAAAUAUUUUACCGUUGAAUUUUCAAGUUCCCGAUUAUCGGUUCAAAAUGUUCAGCUGGAUUAGUGGAAACGAUUCUAAACACGCGCUGGAUCAGUUCGACAGUGUUUUAGAAGGUUUGAAGACGAUUUACAGGCAAAAGCUACUUCCUUUGGAAUCAGCAUAUCAUUUUCAUGAUUUUCAUUCACCUCAACUUGAUGAUCCGGAUUUCGAUGCGAAACCCAUGAUAUUACUCGUUGGCCAGUACUCUACCGGUAAAACUACGUUUAUAAAAUACCUUCUCGAAAGAGAUUUUCCUGGUAUUCGAAUCGGACCAGAACCAACCACUGAUCGAUUUAUUGCCGUCAUGUAUGGUGAGAAAGAGGGCGUGAUUCCCGGAAAUGCUUUAGUUGUUGAUCCCAAAAAACAGUUCAGGCCUCUAUCGAAAUUCGGAAACUCGUUUCUGAAUCGCCUUCAGUGCUCGUUGGUCGAGUCGCCCGUUUUGAAAGGAAUUUCUAUCGUUGAUACGCCCGGUAUAUUGUCUGGAGAAAAGCAACGAGUCGAUCGAGGUUAUGAUUUUACUGGAGUAUUAGAAUGGUUUGCCGAACGAGUAGAUAGAAUAAUUUUACUAUUUGAUGCUCAUAAGUUGGAUAUAUCGGAUGAAUUUAGAAGAUCUAUUGAAGCUCUUAGAGGACACGACGAUAAAAUUCGAAUAGUACUUAAUAAAGCCGACAUGGUUGAUCAUCAACAAUUGAUGCGAGUUUACGGUGCACUGAUGUGGUCAUUAGGAAAAGUUUUACAAACACCAGAAGUAGCACGUGUUUAUAUCGGAUCGUUUUGGGAUCAACCUCUGCGCUACGAUGGUAACAGAAGAUUAUUCGAAGAUGAAGAGCAAGAUUUAUUUAAAGAUUUACAAUCACUGCCAAGAAAUGCCGCACUUAGAAAAUUGAACGAUUUAAUCAAGAGAGCCAGAUUAGCCAAGGUACACGCCUAUAUUAUCAGUUCCUUAAGAAAAGAUAUGCCGUCGAUGUUCGGUAAAGAUGGCAAGAAAAAAGAAUUGAUCAAGAACUUGAACGUAAUUUACGAAAAUAUUCAGCGCGAGCAUCAUAUAUCUCCCGGUGAUUUUCCAGAUGUGAAAAAAAUGCAGGAUGCAUUGCAGUUUCAAGAUUUCACGAAGUUCCAGUUGAUAAAACCACGUUUAUUGGAAGUGGUUGAUAAAAUGUUGGCCGAAGAUAUUGCUCGAUUAAUGGCAUUGAUUCCUUUAGAAGAGAAUGUGAAGACUUCAGAGCCUAUUGUUAAAGGAGGCGCAUUCCAAGGAGUACAGGACACGAUUAGUCCAUUUGGGUAUAAACGAGGCGAAGGCACGGAUGCUGGUAAAGGCGAACCAGAAUGGAUUGUAGGCAAAGAACGACAUAAGUACGAUUCAGUAUUUGAAACGUUGAAUCCUAUUGAUGGAAAAGUGACAGGCACAAAUGCCAAAGCUGAAAUGGUCAAGUCGAAACUGCCAAAUACAGUUUUAGGUAAAAUUUGGAAGCUAUCCGAUAUCGAUAAAGAUGGUCUUUUGGAUGCUGAUGAAUUUGCUUUGGCAAUGUAUCUCAUCGAAAUAAAGUUACAAGAUCACGAUUUACCUUCCGAACUUCCGGAACAUCUAAUCCCACCUUCGAAAAGAGAUUUAUAAUCGGUAUUUUCAAUGAUUAUCAUUAGUGAUGGUCAAUUUUUAUGAAUUUAUGAAUUAACCCGUUAUUUAUUUGAAAAUUCAACUUUUUUCAGUGUAUAUUUUAUGAAACAUUUUUUGGCUGUGUUAAGUUAAAGCAUACCUAAAUGAAAAAAAGUUGAAAAGUAGUUCCGAUAUCAUUUAUUACUCAACCAAAUACAUAUAAUGUUUGAACUCUUUUGUUAUUUCGUGCGUUUACUUUUACUUCAAACCAAAAAUUUAAGAGCUUAUUUUGAGCUUCUAUUUUAUAAAACCCGUGUUGUUCCAUUAUUCUUAAAUUGUACAGUUUAUGAUUUAGUUCGUUUUUUCGUUUUAAAUUCGAUUGAUAUUCGACGUAAUACAAUACAAUGCACAAAUAUUUUAUUUCUGUUUGUAUUAUGAUCAUUUUUUAAAAAGGCAAUCACCACGUGUCACUUGCUUCUUAUCUUAUUACGUUAUUAUUUAUUUCAUUUUAUGUUACUCAGAUAUGAAUUAGUUGCUGGAAAGUACGUAAUAUAAUUUAGUUUUUGUUGAAGCUAUCUUUAUUAAUAAUUCACCUUUUGUUUUUGCCCGGUUCGAAAAUGAAGCAACAGGUUAUAACAUGAAAAAAUAUUUGAAUAAAAAAUUCCAGAUCA